CCUCCACGAUUGUACCUUCUUGUGUCAACGUAUUUUAUGUUACAUGCUACCCGUUGUCACUCAAACUUGUAACUAUUCGGUUACAUUAGCAGCAAAAACAUUAAAAACUCAGGCUCGGUGACGAAAUAUUUUUACAGAAUUGUGGGGUUUGUAGUUCUUACACGCAGCUGCUCUGCUAAGCUACGCGUGCACACGAGUUUGCCAUGUGGGACUUGUGUUGAAACGUUGUUAGCAAGUUUCCAACCUCAACCCAUCCGUGGUCGGUGUUGUCAGUCAUAAUGUCGUUUUGUUUCAACUUCGACCUUCCUGCGCAAACAACAAACCCCGAAGACGUGGACGGAAAUAAAUUGCAAAAUGGAAAGAAAGACGAAGCUGCUAAGUCUACAGAGGGUAACACCAAACCAACAGAACCAGUAAAAGAGGCCAAAGAGCACCUUCCACCCUCUGACCCACAGUUCCUCCUUGAUGAUGCUGUCUUUGAAACGGUUACCAUUGGAACACUUCCUCCUCUGCGCUUUCUGAACGAGACCGUUUUUGAGAAGACGGCCUUGGAGAGAGAGGAUGGAGAGAAAAUUCUCUCUCGCACGGCAGAGCAGAGGUCUGAUCUCAUCUCUGGCGUGUACGAGGGAGGCCUGAAGGUGUGGGAGUGCACGUAUGACCUCCUGGAGCUCAUUGAGAAAGAUGGAGAGACCUUUGGAGGGAAGGCGGUUUUGGAUUUGGGCUGCGGUGCCGGGCUGCUGGGAAUACUGGCUCUGAAGAGAGGGGCCACACAGGUCCACUUUCAAGACUAUAACAGCACUGUCAUUGAACAGCUCACAGUGCCAAAUGUAAUGCUGAACUGCCAAGAAGACGAUGAAGUAGACAGUGAAGAUGACAAAGAAGGGAGCGGAAAGGGAAACAUAGAGGGGGAAGUUGGCUGUAAAAAGAAGACAAAAACAAAAGAGGACGUAAAGGAGAGCAGCCCACUUCCAAAGAAAAGAGCGGUAGACCUUUCCCAACACCCAUUACUCACUAAGUGUCAUUUCUUCUCUGGUGACUGGAGCACAUUUCUUGCUUUGGUUCUAAAAACGGACCCACCAACCAAAUUCGACAUUAUAUUCACUUCAGAGACUAUCUACAACACUGCGUACUACCCUGUGCUACAUGAGACCCUCCAAAAGCUGCUGGCACCACAUGGACUGGUCUACCUCGCCACCAAAUCCCACUACUUUGGUGUAGGUGGUGGACUACAUCUGUUUGAGACGUUCGUGGAGCAGAAGGGUGUUUUCUCACUGGAUCACCUGUGGAAUGGGGAAGAAGGCCUUCAGAGACAUGUGGUGGUACUACGGUUUAAAAAGCCAAAGGACACUUGAAUAAGGACUGUUAGGGACUCAUGCUGUGUUAACCCUCUGAACCUCAUUUUCACUCACUGUGGGCUCAUUUUUUUACUGUAAUAUAAAGCCCUGCCCAUUGUGGAAACAGCACAUCAUGGCUAGAUGUAGGAAGAAGUCAAACCUGUUUUUUUGUGCAAUAUAGCAAAGGUCAUCAUGGCAUAAGUCAUAAAAAAAAAAAAAAAGUCUUUUUUUUUUUUUUUUUAACAAAAAACAUAAAAAACAAGUAAAAUGAACAGGUACAACAGUUUUCAAGUGCUCACAAGUGUUACCAAUACUGGAAAAAAGUGUCUCUACAUACUGUAGAUAUUUUACGGCUUACAUUUUUCAUUUGUUUCCGUCAUUGUCUCCUCUCGGCACUGUGGAAACACAGAUGAAAUUCUUUGAAUUUGUGUCACGUGAUCGUUGGUUGCAGUUGAGUUAAUGAUGACUUCAUGGUUUCUCCCAGGAAGACAGUAUGUCUUGUUUUGUUUUUUACAGAAUCUGUUUAAUGUAAAUGGUUUAUUUUUUGGGCAAAUUUUUAAAUGAGACAUGUAGAAUAAAGUGAUUUUGAGCUUACAUUUGGCUAUGUUUUUUGAAGGAAUGGUUUAUCACAGAUGAGUAGUUCAAGAUCCAUCAAAAGAGUAGAAAAUCCACUUAGCUGACUGAUGAAUAGAAUUUUGGUGAUUGUUUCUCCAACGAUAAGAUGCCUUUAAAACCCACUGUUGGUUUUGUGGUUCGGAGGGUUAAAAAAGAUUCAUUGAUGGAUGGGUAAAUGAAAAAGAUAUCAAGUCUGCAUUUUGUUUUGCCAUGUAAAGCUUGUGUAAUGCAUGUUGAAGCAGCAGUGGUAAAACAAGGAAAAGCUGUAAUAAAAAAUGCUGUCUCAUCUCCUA